UUGAGCAAGGUGUGCUUGAUGAUCAGUUCAUUUCUGUGUUAACAAUUCCUGGAACUCUUGAUUGUUUUCAUCAAACUGCUAUAUUCAUUUCAGUGGAUUUUUUCAGCAAAUUCCAGAUGUUAGUCCAACAGGUCGUUUUACAACUGCAGGACCCUUAAUCAUUAUUUUAACCGUAUCGGCUAUUAAAGAAAUAUUUGAAGACAUUAAGCGACGAAAAUCUGAUCAUACGGUUAAUAAUUACCGUGCUACAGUUCUCAAAGGUCGUGAAUGGAAGUAUGCUCUUUGGAAAGAUUUGAAAGUGGGCGAUAUUGUACGAGUGGAAAAUAAUCAGAUGUUCCCAGCGGAUAUGGCACUGUUGUCAUCCAGUGAACCGCUAGCUAUAGCUUAUAUCGAAACUUCACAUCUGGAUGGAGAAACGAAUCUGAAAAUUCGACAAGGACUUGAAUGUACAUCGGACUUGAUAGCUACAGCACCAAUUAGAGAUUUCCAGUGUGAGAUCCAAUGUGAACAUCCAAAUCAAAAUGUAAAUGAAUUUACGGGGACGUUACAUAUGCACAAUUUGCGGCGACCUCUCAGUAUUCCUCAACUGUUAUUACGUGGUGCUCGUUUGAAACAUACACGGUGGAUCUGUGGUGUAGUACUGUAUGCAGGACAUGAUGCCAAAUUAUUAAUGAAUUCAAAAGUAGCUCCGUUGAAACAAGCCAAAAUUGAUGCUAUCACCAAUCGGCGUAUUUUAUUUUUGUUCUUUGCCCUAAUUGGCCUCGCUUUUAUAAGUGCUGUGGGAGCAUACUUCUUUGAUCAUAAACGGCUAACACAUGCUUAUUACGUCGGCCCUCAGGAAAAGGGGCCUUUCAACUUCUUCUGGAAUAUGUUGACGUUCUUCAUUUUGUACAAUAACUUAAUCCCGAUCUCACUGCAAGUCACCCUUGAACUAAUACGAUUUUUCCAGGCAGUAUAUAUAAAUAAUGAUAUUGCUAUGUACGAAGAAAGAACAGAUAGUUGUGCUGUUGCGAGAACAUCUAAUUUAAAUGAAGAAUUGGGGCAGGUAAAAUUCAUUAUGAGUGAUAAAACCGGAACACUUACUCGUAAUAUUAUGAAAUUUAAAAAAUGUUCAAUUGCGGGUAUUAAUUUUGGAAACGAUGAAACAGAUGAUUUUCAAGAUCCUAACCUAUUGGAACUCAUCAGGACUUCUGACAAAAAAGCUAGUCCUGUCAAAGAGUUCCUUCGAAUGAUGGCAAUUUGUCAUACGGUUGUUCCAGAAAAGGAUAAGAGUGGUGAAUUACAGUAUCAAGCUUCUUCACCGGACGAAGGUGCACUUGUUCGUGCUGCUGCAGCUCUUGGAUUCGUGUUUCACACUAGAAAGCCACAGAGUAUUCUCGUUUCAGAGGUGGGAGAAAUCAAAAGUUACACCGUCUUAAAUGUAUUAGAGUUUACCAGUGACAGGAAACGAAUGGGUGUUAUUGUGCAGUGUCCUGAUGGUGUCUUGAAAUUAUAUGUCAAAGGAGCGGAUUCUAUGAUUUUCCAAAGAUUACAACAUAAUUCACCAGUUAUCGAUGAAUGUUCUGCCCAUCUUGUGGAAUAUGCGUCAAAGGGUUAUCGAACUCUCUGUUUUGCAAUGCGUGUACUGAAGCUGGAAGAAUACAAUGAAUGGGCACAGGAAUUUGAAAAAGCUUUAAUUUCGAUGGACAAACGAGCAGAAAAAUUGGCAGAAUGUGCUGAGAAGAUUGAAACAAACCUCAUCUUAGUUGGUGCAUCUGCAAUUGAAGAUAAAUUGCAACAGUAUGUACCAGAAACAAUUACGGCGUUACUUGCUGCACAAAUACGUGUUUGGAUGUUAACUGGAGACAAGCGUGAAACAGCCAUCAAUAUAGCUCGUUCAGCGGGUCUUGUUCAUUCAGAUAUGAAAUGUUGGUUUAUUGAUGGCAGUUCAUACGAUGAAGUUUUUAAAAAACUUUGUGACUGCAAUAGUGGCGUUCAGUCAUCCACUGAUAAAUACUCCUUAGUUAUCGAUGGCUCUACGUUAAAAUACGUAGUUGGACCAGAAUGUAGGAAAAUAUUUGGUAACUUAGCAGUGAUUUGUCCCACUGUGAUUUGUUGCCGAAUGACCCCAAUGCAAAAAGCAGAAGUUGUCGAGAUGGUCCGCGAAACCACUGACGACGUGGUUUUAGCAAUUGGUGACGGUGCCAAUGAUGUUGCUAUGAUACAAGCUGCUAAUGUUGGUGUGGGAAUAAUGGGUGAAGAAGGUUUACAAGCAGCAUCUGCCAGUGAUUACUGUAUCGCACAAUUUCAUUUUUUACGCAGACUUUUACUAGUUCAUGGUGUUUGGAACUACGAGCGAGGCGUAAAGGUGAUAUUAUAUAGCUUCUAUAAGAAUAUAUGUUUGUAUUUAAUCGAAUUAUGGUUUGCGAUCCACUCUGCUUUUUCUGGUCAAACAAUAUUUGAACGCUGGACUAUUGCCCUUUUCAAUGUUGUAUUUACUGCUUUACCGCCUGUAAUGAUUGGAUUAUUUGACAGACCUCUUUCCGACCAAAUGAUGCUUUCCUAUCCUGGCUUGUAUGAGAGUUUUCAGAAACGAACAUUCACCAUUAGUCAAUUUGCAAUAUGGAUCGGUCUAGCAGUUUGGCAUUCGUUACUUCUUUACCUUUUAUCUUUCGCAUUUCUGUGUGAUCCUGUUGUAUGGGAUAAUGGCAGGGUUGGAGGCUGGUUGAUGCUCGGCAAUUCAUGCUAUACGUUCGUGGUAACAACAGUUUGCCUUAAAGCUUUGUUAGAAUGUGAUUCUUGGACAAUAGUUAUACUGUUUUCUUGUUUUGGCUCCAUUUUAUUAUGGUUUAUUUUCCUUCCGCUUUAUUCCAUGAUUUGGCCAAUUUUGCCGAUUGGUGAGCAUAUGUCUGGUAUGGUAUUCAUAAUGCUGAGCUCAUCAUCUUUCUGGCUGGCAUUUAUUUUUAUACCUAUAACAACUUUAUUUACUGAUUUCAUCAUCAAAACGAUCCGGAUGACUUUUGCGCCAACUCCUAAAGAAAUAGCAUACUUCCAUGAACAUUCCAGAAAGCAGAGUCGUGACAUUUAUUGCGAAUUACAUUGUUUACGGCGUACUGAACAAGUUGAGCGAGCAGAAUCUAAUGGUACCAUCAGUGAAACGAUAUGUGAUAGCAUCAGUGAUAGUUCUGCUUUGAGACUAAUUGGCGAACAUCAACGAGUCGAGCUGGAAUCGGUCUGGAAUUCAGUGAGGGAGCGACCACCGACAUCCACUGUUCACAUUCCCAUCUGAAUUUCAUAUGGUUCACUACCGUAUCAG